CUGGAAAUAGAAAGAAGAAGAAGAAGAAGGAAAAAGCAAAAUGGUUUUUGGGGGAGAAAGUCUAAACGUGGGCAUUAUAGUUCUGUAUUUUUAAUCAGUGCAUACAUGUGCACAUAUAUGUCGUUUAAUAGAUCGUCAAUUAGUGCACAUUACAUUACAUUAGAUACAUUAUUCUGAGCGCAUUUUGACGCUCGGGCUUGCUAGUUAGCCUAAGCUAGCUUGUUAGCUAGCUUAGCCUGUUAGCUGCUAACAAAGACGCGACACAUUCGUACAACUACGCGCGGAUUAAGAAGACAAAAUGAGUGAUCAAAACACAUCGCUAAGCAGAGAUCAAGUGUGAGUGUAAAGUGUUGUGAUUGUGUGAAAAUGUGCGAAAGAACGAUAGCAGAGUACGAGGAGGAACUUUGUCCAACAAAAGAGGAGAAGGAGCGACAACAUCAAAAACAUCAAGUUGUGUUACACAGAACAGACAUCCAUCAGCUGAUUGGACACCAAGAACAAUGUCUCCCUCAUCUGCAGGGGGACAGUUUCACUUCAGAGUAUCCACAGCCCUCACAUUUUAAAGGGGACGAGAAGCAUCCACAGCCCCCUUAUAAUAAAGAAGAAGAGGAGGGAGAGUGUCCUGUAGGGCAGGAGGAGGCUGAUCUCACCAAGUUUCCACUGACUGUUGUCUCUGUGAAGACUGAAGAGCAUGAAGACAAACCACCUGAGUCCUCACAGCUUCAUCACAGUCCAAACGUCUGUGAAGAACAUCUUCUCUCUGAGCAACAGAAGUGGAGCUUCAGGAUGGACAAGGAGGAGCCACAGCCCUUCCACAUUAAGGAGGAAGAAAUGCAAAGGGAAGAAAAUAACCCACUGACCUCCCAUUUUAAAGAGGAAGAGGAGGAACACAGCAUCAGUCAGGAGGGAGAGCAUCUUGAAUGGUUGGAGGAGUUCCCAGUGACUGGUGUCCCUGUGAAGAGUGAAGAUGAUGAGGUCAAAGGUGAAAGUGAGGAGAAGAGAGAGGCGGAGCCUCCAAGCAGCAGCUCAACUCAACACAUGACAACAGAAGCUGAUGGAGACCACUGUGGAGGAUCACAAGCAGACAAGCUCUUAGCUCCACUAUCAGAUAGUGAGGACACAACGUCACACUCUCCUGACACUGAUGAUGAAGACUCUAAAGAUGAUAAGACAUGUCACACUGACAACACACGCUUCACAUGUUCUUUCUGUGACAAACCUUUCAAAUACCAUUGUCGUCUAAAAACACACAUGAGAAUACACACUGGAGAAAAACCUAUUUCAUGUUCAAUUUGUGGUAAAGAUUUUACUCGAAGGGACCAUUUCAAAACACACAUGAGAAUACACACUGGAGAAAAACCUUUUUCCUGCUCAGAAUGUGGUAAAAGUUUUGUAAUAAAACAAAGUUUAAAAGAACACAUGACAACACACACUGGAGAAAAACCUUUUUCGUGUUUAAUCUGCGGUAAAGAUUUUACUCGAAGAGACCAUUUCAAAGCACACAUGAGAAUACACACUGGAGAAAAACCUUUUUCCUGCUCAGAAUGUGGUAAAAGUUUUGUAAUAAAUCGAACUUUAAAAGUACACAUGAGAACACACACUGGAGAAAAACCUUUUUCCUGCUAAGAAUGUUUUAAAAGUUUUGUAAUAAAUCAAAGUUUAGAGUACACAUGAGAACACACACUGGUGAAAAACCUUUUAUAUGUUCAGUAUGUGGUAAAAGUUAUAUAGAAAGACACCAAUUAAAAUCACACAUGAGAAUGCACCCUGGUAAAAAAAAAAACAUACUCCUGUUCAAGCUCCAACAAAAGCUUCUGUCACCUAAAAUCUUUUAAAGUACACAUAAGAACACACACAGGUGAGAAAGUGUGGAGUUGCAGUGUGUGUGGUGAAAGAUUCUCUUCUAAGUACCAGUGUAAGAAACACAAGUGUGCUGGUGAGAACAGCAGCAGCAAAUGAAGAUGCAGGAUUUGAAAUAAACUGUCUGUCUUGCCUCUUGGUUUUCUGUCUUGCCUCUUGGUGAGGGUGGUCGCAUUUUUCCCUGCUCCUCCUCCUUCCCGCUUGCUUUCUUGUGUCCUUGUCUUUGUCUGAACUUUUUUGAAGCCUCUUUUCUUGAGCUGUCCUCAAAUCUAAACAUCAAAAUGAAUUUGAUCAACUGGACUCUCGACGCAAUUGACACAGUAGAGAAAGAAUACAUUGGAAUUGUCGAAGCCAGCACACAAGAGCAGGAAUGUCAUUGUUUUGACUGCUCGAAGAAAAAACAACAUCUUAAUCUACGAUUUGACUCCCUCGAAUGGCCUUGAGGAACAGGCUGUUUGAAAACACUCCCCUGAGGACUCCUCAAAGAUGGACGCUUUUGACCUUCGCUUUUUUUCAAAAGCACCUGGGUCGGACUGUUGAACUCUUGGGGCCGGCCUCGGCCCAUAAAGACAAUUCCAACAUCUCACCCAAGUAAAUUGGGCAUACAUGCACGCACACGCCCCUCCCCAAAUCAACGCAUU